AUGGUGAUCCAAAUCAUUAAAAAUCAGUUCUGUUUUGAAGUAGAGGUUGAGGAUAAGAAGGGAUGCCUGCAGGAGAACCAAGAAGAGCAAUGGGAAUUCUUGAUUAGGGCUAAGCAAAAGUGGGGGGAUAAUUGGGUGGCUGGUGGGGAUUGGAAUGAGGUUUUAGAGGUGGAUGAAAAGAGAGGGGGCAGACAGAAAUCUGAGAGGGAUUUAAGGGGUUUUAGGAUAGGAAUGCAGGAUAUCAAUAUGACAGGGCAUAGGUUCACUUGGGGAAACAAUAGAGAGGGUGAGGGCUUUAUUGAAGAAAGAAUUGACAGAUUUUUCACAUCUUAUGGGUGGCAUGCGAAUCACUCAAGAGCUAGUGUGGUGAAUAUCUUCAGAAGUUCCUCAGACCACCAUUUAUUGCUCCUUAAUAAUCAACCUGACCAGAGUAGUCAAAAGAAAAGGAGAUUUGUAUUUGACAUGAGUGGAAGGGGUGACAGAGACAGUUCAGAAAGCUUCGGAAAUCCCAAAGAGUGGAACACUAAUGUACUAGUGACCGAGAGGAUAAAAGAGACCAAAGUAGCACUACUCAAAUGGAGUAGCUCAUUCAAAGCAGAAUGUGAGAAAAGGAAGAAGCAGCUGACCACAGUCUCUUACAAUGCUUCUUGGAUGUGGAGGAAAUGGAUGAAGGUCAGAGACAAGCACAAGAUGGGAUUCAGGGUUGAAAUCAACAAUGGGAAAAACUCUAACAUUUGGAAGAUACCAUGGAUUCCAGGCACUGAAUCUGGAAUUCCUUUUAGGAUACUGAAUAUCAAAACUCUUAACCCUGAUCUUGAAGAUAAAUGGUGCUGGGCAUUUGAUAAAAAUGGGAUAUUUUCAGUGUCAUCUACAUAUUCCUACCUAGUACUUCAGAAGAUGAGAGAGAUGGAUGUGGCUGAAAAUAACCAAGCCAAC